CAAUAGCCAUAGUCCCGCUAUUGACGUUCUUAAAUAGGAUAAAUAUAACACAAAAAUGUUAAAAUUGUUCUUCCAAUGCAACAUCUAAACUAUCUUAGUCUAAAUCUACAAAUAUAUAAACAAAAUGGCUGAUGAGGACUGGAAUACAUUAAGAAAACCUGAAUUUAUACCAAAUCUAGAACGUAUGCCAAUCCACCAUAAGAUAGGCUCGCACCAAAGACAACACAUUGGAAGAGCAAAAACAAAACGACGACAACAGAGUCCAAAGUCAACCAGACGCCAUCACAAAUACUCCAAUGACCAACGAUUAACCCGUAAAGCUUCAAAAGCUAACUCAGACUUAUGGCUAGACUUUAACGUGGACGCUUCUUUGUCAGAAAGCGAUGAUGAGCAGCAAGAAACUACUCAAGACGGCACAGAAACAAGUGUACUGGUGUACAAUAAUUCCUGUAAGAAGUUUGGGGUCACACCACGUGAUGGAGUUUUGAAACAUUUACUAACAGACAAACUGUCAAUCAACAACGGUAGACUGACACGCCACGACAUCCAACCUUUAGCAUAUUCACUCACGAUGAACAAUACCAUAACUAUAUUAGAUAUUUCUGGAAACAAUCUUGGAGGAGAAGGCUUGAAACAUUUCAGUAGAAUGCUGGAGGAAAACGUGUCGAUAACUGACCUUGAUGUUUCCUAUAACGACCUUGGUUCUAAAGGUGCCAUACUUCUGGAACAGCUGCUCAGUUCCAAAUCACAUCUGAAAUCUCUAAAUGCUGCAGGUAACAGUUUUGGGAAUGACGAAGCCCGAUGCUUUUCAGAAGCUCUAAAGCAAAAUACAAACCUACGUCAGUUAAUAUUAAGUGACAACAAUAUCCAGGAACAAGGAGGGUCGCUGCUUGCGGAGGCUUUAGAGAACAAUGACUAUUUACAAGAUUUAGAUUUAAGCUGGAACCAGUUGAGACUCUGUGGUGCUAUUGCUAUUGGAAACAGUUUGCAGAAUAACGAAUCGUUAAAACAACUGAAUGUGUCCUGGAAUGGUUUUGCAGACUUGGGUUGUGAAGCAGUUGGUAGAGCACUAACAUCAAAUUCUUGCCUUGACACCUUAGAUUUGUCCAGUAAUAGAAUCGGAUAUGAAGGAUGUCAUAAUCUUGCCAAAGCUUUAGUUCUUAAUAAUACGUUGACCUGCUUAAAGAUGAAUUACAAUUCGAUUACCACACGUGGAGCUUUAGAACUUCUUGUCGCCAUAAAAGAAAACCAUACAAGUGCCAUAGACCGUCUGGAACUUCAGGAUGUGCCCGUCGUACAAAGCUGUUUAGAAAUUGCAUCAGACAUUAAGGAAAAUAAAGACAAUUUUAGAGUUAUUCACGAUGUAACAGUAUUAUCAGAGGAUUUUAUUCUUCGAUGUGUUAGACCUAACAAAAUGUAAAAAAAAAGUGUUAUUAUUCAUCAGGAUUAUGGUUUUCAUUUGUCUGAGCGUGUUCUAACAUCAUAUAAUAGCUUUCCUAAAUGAUAUAAGCCGUAAGUGAUAAACAUAUAUUGUCAUCAGUGCCAUAGACUAACAGUCUUUCAUCUGUAAUUUUCAAGAGAAAAAAUGUCGAGCUCUCCGUUCCGUGUAAAAUGGAAUUAAAUUCGAAACAAUGACUUUUUGUAUCAAGAUUAAGACUAAAGGAUUAAUUCUACAAAACAAGACAUCAAACUAAUUGAUUAUUUCUUUUAUAAGCAACACGGUCGGAUAAGUGAACCUAUAUGAAAUUAAAGAAAAAUGUUUAUGUUCAGAGUGAUGAGCCAUUAGUUCUUUGUAAAGACUUCAGAACAUGAAAGUGGGAAUAUACUACAGUAAAACAUUGCUUGUAGAUAUGAUCAAAUUUGAU